AUGACCCUGGCAGCUUCUUCCCAGCGUUCCCAAAUCAUCUGCUCCAAGUUCCGAUCUGUCCUCCAGCUUAGGAUCCACAGACGGAAUCAGGAUUUGUGCUCAGAUCCAGACCUGUGGAUCUCAGCCUCAGGCCCAGCUCUGGCCCCAGCCUCGGCCUUGGGCCCUGCCCCUUUCCUCUUCAGCCCUGGAGUCCUGCUCCCUGAGCCAAAAUAUUGUCCUUGGAGGUCUCCAAAGGAUGAGUCUCUCAAGAUCUCCCAAAGUUGGAGGGAGUCCAAGUCCAAGGAGAAUUUGACAUACUACCAAUACAUGUCCCCACAGCCAAAACAAGGGACAGGGGCAGACCCACAAGCUGAAGAGGGGUCAGCCCUGGGUCCUCCCAGGCGACUUCUGUGGGAAAAGACAAAUUCACAGCAGCCACAUCCUAGAAUGAAGUCCACUCCCCUCAUUACCUCCCCGCCAGGAGUCCCCAGCCCCUCUACUCCUACACACAAGUUGGAACUUCAGACCCUUAAACUGGAGGAGCUGACGGUCUCAGAGCUCAGGCAGCAGCUGCGCCUGCGGGGCCUCCCGGUGUCUGGGACCAAGUCUAUUCUCUUGGAGCGCAUGCGCGGCGGCGCCCCGCCCCGCGAGCGGCAGAAACCCCGGCGAGAAGACAGCCCUGCGGGUGGUUCCUGGCGGCGCCUUAGGCCUAAAACUCUGCGACCAACCCUGCUGCAGGGCUCGGUCAAGCCAAAUACAGCAUCUCACAGACCACCUCUUCAAAGUGCCGCGGAUACCCCUGUGACCGCUCCAGUUCUGGCUCCAACUCCGGCUCCAGCCCUGAUCUCUUCCUCGGCACCGACCUCAACGGCCCUGACUCUGGAGGAGGAGCUGCAGGAAGCGAUACGAAGGGCGCAGUUGCUUCCCAACCAGGGCAUCGAUGACAUCCUGGGAGAUCAGGUGGAGCCUGAUGACGCGCUGCCCCCCAUCCCCUUGGACUUCCCAGGCUCCUUUGACGUACUGUCUUCCUCCCCGGACUCUGAAGGCCCCUCAUCUGUCUUCUCCUCUUCCCUCCCAUCCCCUAAGAACUCCUCAUCCCCCUCUCCCAGAGGCCCCACGGACUCCUUAGACUGGCUGGAGGCCCUGAGUGGGGGUCCUCCACUGGGCUCUGGCCCCCCAGCCACCAGCAUCUUCUCUGCUGACUUAUCUGACUCCAGUAGCACUCAGCUGUGGGACCUGCUAGAAGUUCCAUGGUGAUGGAUUCUAGGGUUUCCAGACAAUACAAACUGGUGGGAAGAGACUGGGGGUGGUGAGCCGGGGAUGGAACAUCCAGAAGAGCCCCUCCCACAGACAGAGGAUCAGAGAAAAACACCACCCCCACCUGGGAACUGCUAUUGACACACCAACUGCUUGAACUUUGCCUUCCUGACCUCUUGAUCCCUGUUUAUGGUUGUACAGUCAGGGCAAACAAGCUGCUUGCUGCUUCCUUCAGA